UCGGCGUCGGCGCGCUCCAGACCGAGGCUGCGUGGGCUGGGGAGGGAGCGAGGCUGCGGCGGCGGCGCCCCAGAGCCCAGGAGACGCGCGGGCCUCGCGCCUCGGGAGCUGACGGCUACGGAGGGGACCCCGAGCUCGCGGCCGGAGGUGGGAGUGCUCGGCCUGCCCACUGGCCGCCUCAGAGGCCGCUGGCUGCGUCCCUCGCCCGGAGUGGCCGCCGCCCCUGGAGACUCGCCGUGACACGGGCCUAACCGCGGUGGUCGCGGGCGUCCAGACCGCUCGGACCCGUCGGGCCGGGCCAGGUGCGGACGAGCGUCCGGGCAGGUGCCGCCCGCCGAGGGCCGGCCUGGGGCCAGGCGCUUAGCCGCGCGGCCCACGGGCCGGGCUCGGCGAGGGGCUGCCCGCGCAGCGCCCCCACCCCGUGGGCCAGAGCGGGAGUAGCGCCCCGCCUUCCCCGGGAACGGCCCGGCUGGAGCGGCGGGAGCCCGGACAGCCAGCGCCCGCCGCCGCCCGCCAGGCUCGCGCGGGAGAGGAGGGAGGAGAAACUUUGCCUCUUACUGUUUUUAGUCCUUAAGUGCAAAGAACUCUGUUGGGAGGGAAAAUGUCCUCCUUCUUCAAUUUCCGUAAGAUCUUCAAGUUGGGGAGCGAGAAGAAGAAGAAGCAGUACGAACAUGUGAAGAGGGACCUGAACCCCGAGGAGUUUUGGGAAAUUAUAGGAGAAUUGGGCGACGGAGCCUUUGGGAAAGUGUACAAGGCCCAGAAUAAAGAGACCAGUGUUUUAGCUGCUGCAAAAGUGAUUGACACCAAAUCUGAAGAAGAACUUGAAGAUUACAUGGUUGAAAUUGAUAUAUUAGCAUCUUGUGAUCACCCCAACAUAGUCAAGCUUCUAGAUGCCUUCUAUUAUGAGAACAAUCUUUGGAUCCUCAUUGAAUUUUGUGCAGGUGGAGCAGUGGAUGCUGUGAUGCUUGAGCUUGAGAGACCAUUAACUGAGUCCCAAAUACAAGUAGUUUGUAAACAGACUUUAGAGGCGUUGAACUACUUACAUGAUAAUAAAAUCAUCCACAGAGAUCUAAAGGCUGGCAACAUUCUUUUCACCUUAGAUGGAGAUAUUAAGUUGGCGGAUUUUGGAGUAUCAGCUAAAAACACAAGGACAAUUCAAAGACGAGAUUCCUUUAUUGGCACACCCUAUUGGAUGGCUCCUGAGGUAGUCAUGUGUGAAACAUCCAAGGACAGACCCUAUGACUACAAAGCUGAUGUUUGGUCCCUGGGUAUCACUUUAAUAGAAAUGGCUGAGAUAGAACCACCUCAUCAUGAAUUAAAUCCAAUGCGAGUGCUGCUAAAAAUAGCAAAAUCUGAGCCCCCUACGUUAGCACAGCCAUCAAAAUGGUCUUCAAAUUUUAAGGACUUUCUAAAGAAAUGCUUGGAAAAAAAUGUGGAUUCCAGAUGGAACACAUCUCAGCUACUGCAGCAUCCUUUUGUUACUGUUGAUUCCAACAAACCAAUUCGAGAGUUGAUUGCAGAGGCAAAGGCUGAAGUAACAGAAGAAGUUGAAGAUGGCAAAGAGGAGGAUGAUGAUGAGGAAGCAGAAAAUUCUCUGCCAAUACCUGCAAGUAAACGUGCCUCCUCUGACCUUAGUAUUGCCAGUUCUGAAGAAGAUAAGCUUUCACAAAAUGCUUGUAUUUUGGAAUCUGUCUCAGAAAAAACAGAACGUAAUACUUCCGAGGAUAAGUUUAACAGUAAAGUUCCUACUGAAAAACCCACCACUGAUGAGCCUGAAAAAGCUGCAGUGGGCAUUAAUGAUCAUGUUAAUGAUGCUCCUUUAGAAGCUAUGGCUGAACUCCAUAAUAGAACAGCAAUAAUCAAGGAAAAUGGGAGCGAGGAAGAGAGACCCAGGCUUGAAAAUCUACUUGGCACAGAAGGCCAUGAAACAGUGGACAUUAAUUCAGUCAAUGAAGGAAAAGAAAAUAUAAUGAUAACUUCAGAAACAAAUACUGAACAGAAUCUGAAACCCGAGGAAGAAAGGGAUCAGGAAAAGCAACAGAUAUUUGAAAAUAAGGUUAUAAAAACUGAAGAAAUUGAAGAUACUGCUAUUCAGACAAUGGAUUUAGUUUCUCAAGAGACUGGAGAAAAAGAGGCGGAUGUUCAGGCAGUUGAAAAUGAAGUUGAGCUUACAAAGGAAGACACCCAAGAGAAAUUGGGAAAAGAUGACAAAACUGAAAAAGAUGUGGUCAGUAAUACAAGCAAUGUGUUAGGGACAGAGGAGGCAGUAGAUGUGCCUCCAAAGGCAGCUGGAAACAGUCCUGUGGAUGCUCAGGGCAGUGAUGGGAAAGAAGUGGGUGAAGUAGGCCGGAAGUUAGUGAGUAAGCCCACAGAGGGUCCUGAGGCUGGUGGUACUGAGGAAGUUUCUAUUAAAGAAAUAGCUGAAACAAAUGAGAUAGAUAAAAAACCUGUAGAAGGAAAAGGUGAGGAACAAUUAAUCAGCAGUUCAGAGAACAUAGUGGAGACCAAUGAAGAACCUGGGACAAAUCAAGUUGAGGAUAUUACUGAAUCAAUUAACGCUGAAGGAAUAGAGAUCAGAAGUGCAAAAGAAGCUUUAGAAAGUGAAACUCAGGAUGCUCCUAAAGCCACUGCUCAGAUAGAUGCAGAGCAAGAAGAAAUUCCAUGUGAAGUGCCAAUUGAAACAGAACCCCGAGUUCCUGCUGCUUCACAGCCCAGUGAACCUCAGCCUGCUCCAGUGCCCAGUAUUAAUAUCAACCCUGAAGAAGCAGAAAAUAAAGGGGAAAUAGGUGCUUUGUCAAAAACUGAAACCAUGUUACCAGAAUCUGAGAGUCAAAAGGAAAAUGAUACUGAUUCAGGCACUGGUUCCACUGCUGAUAAUAGCAGCAUUGACUUGAAUUUAUCCAUCUCUAGCUUCCUAAGUAAAACUAAAGACAGUGGAUCAAUAUCUUUACAAGAAACCAGAAGACAAAAGAAAACAUUGAAGAAAACACGCAAAUUUGUUGUUGAUGGUGUAGAAGUGAGUGUAACAACGUCAAAGAUAGUUACAGAUAGUGAUUCCAAAACUGAAGAAUUGAGGUUUCUUAGACGUCAGGAACUUCGGGAAUUAAGAUUUCUUCAAAAAGAAGAGCAAAGAGCCCAGCAGCAGCUUAACAGCAAACUGCAGCAACAGCGAGAACAAAUUUUCCGGCGUUUUGAGCAAGAGAUGAUGAGCAAGAAGCGACAAUAUGACCAAGAAAUUGAGAAUCUAGAGAAACAACAGAAACAGACUAUUGAACGUCUAGAACAAGAACACACAAAUCGCUUGCGAGAUGAAGCCAAACGCAUUAAAGGAGAACAAGAGAAAGAGUUGUCCAAAUUUCAGAAUAUGUUAAAGAACCGAAAGAAGGAGGUUAUAAAUGAAGUGGAGAAAGCACCCAAAGAGCUGAGAAAAGAGCUCAUGAAACGCAGGAAAGAGGAGCUUGCACAAAGCCAGCAUGCUCAGGAACAAGAGUUUGUUCAGAAGCAACAACAAGAAUUAGAUGGCUCUCUGAAAAAGAUCAUCCAGCAGCAGAAGGCAGAGUUAGCCAACAUUGAAAGAGAGUGUCUGAACAACAAGCAGCAGCUCAUGAGAGCUCGAGAAGCUGCGAUUUGGGAGCUUGAAGAACGACACUUACAAGAAAAACACCAGCUGCUCAAACAGCAACUUAAAGAUCAGUAUUUUAUGCAAAGACAUCAGCUACUUAAGCGCCAUGAGAAGGUUAAUGAAAGGAAAAUUUGUUCACUNAAAAACAGACAGACUCAAGAAAGAGCAAGACUGCCUAAGAUUCAGCGCAGUGAAGCCAAGACACGAAUGGCCAUGUUUAAGAAGAGUUUGAGAAUUAACUCAACAGCAACACCAGAUCAGGACCGUGACAAAAUUAAACAAUUUGCUUCUCAAGAAGAAAAGAGGCAGAAAAACGAGAGAAUGGCUCAGCAUCAAAAACAUGAAAAUCAAAUGCGGGAUCUUCAGCUGCAGUGUGAAGCCAACGUCCGCGAACUGCAUCAACUACAGAACGAAAAAUGCCACCUAUUGGUUGAGCAUGAGACUCAGAAACUAAAGGAGUUAGAUGAGGAACACAGCCAGGAAUUAAAGGAAUGGAGAGAGAAACUGAGACCGAGGAAAAAGACACUGGAAGAAGAGUUUGCUAGGAAACUGCAGGAACAGGAAGUGUUCUUUAAGAUGACCGGGGAGUCUGAAUGCCUUAACCCUUCAACACAGAGCCGGAUUUCCAAAUUCUAUCCUAUUCCUAGCUUGCAUUCCACUGGAUCUUAACAUGGGAAGCAAUCUGUGGUUCAGUUUUGGCUUUUUAAAUAUGUCGCUCUGUUCUCUUCAUCUUCUGCCACAGUCUGUGUCAGACAGCUCAUGAAGACAAUCACCUGCCUCACCUUCUAGGUGUUUUGUUGUUGUUGUUGUUUGUUUGUUUAGCAAAGAUGAAGGGAAAGGAGCUAAGACAGAUGCUGGGCCAUGUUGGCAAAAUAGCAUCUUGCAGUAAUUCCCUAAGGUGAUUUUGUAUAUAGUCUUAAAAAUUGUGUUAUUUACACACUGUUACCUGAAAAACUGGUAGAGAUAUAAUGUUUAUAAAGUUAUUUAAAAAAAACUGUUACGUCAUUUAAGUAUUAGUAAAUAUCUUUUUACCUGACUUCUCAAUGAUGGAUAAAGUUUAUAGUUCAAACUCUGCUAUAGAGAGUUGGAGUAAUUUUCUUUUGGUGAAUCAGGUCUCAUGAAGAAGUUACAAGUUGCUCAAAAUAUAAUAUUGAUUCAGUAAAUAAAUCUAUUAUCUUUAAAUAUUAGCAACAUACUCUUUUAAAAGAGAAAAACUAUUUCAAUAAUUUGUCUAAACUAAGUACCUGUUUAGGCAUGAGCAAACAAUUAAGGGUGCUAGUUUUAUUAAAAUAGUGCCUAAAACACUAAAUUUCAGUUAAGUCUAAAAUAGCAUUUUCUUUUUGGAUUCAACAGGGACAAAACACCCUUAGCAUUAAGCAUUAUUGUUUUUUAAAUCUUGCUCCUGUUACCACUUGAUAGAAAUGUUCAUCCUAAACUGUAUGUUGCACGAAGUUGGAAAGGAGGAAAAAAUAAAAGGUAGCUUGUAGAUGUCCAGACUGGAAGUGUAGAGCUUACCAAAUUCAAAGAGAUGCAGAUUUAGGUUAUCUCAACUUACUUCCUAAAAAAAUACAUGAGCUGGUUAAGCGACUUCUCCCAUCUUAGCAAACCCUGUUUAAAACUCUGUCAGGGGCCGGCAGGCUCUGAGUUAUACUUAUGAAUCUAUUUUUCUGAAGUUAAUCUUAAGAGAGGCAUUUGUUCAGAAUAGUUUUCAAGAAAGAAUUUAAAUGAAAUAUUUAGGCACAUACCAGAAAUGACUUCUUGUUGCUUUGAAAUAAAGUCGUUUAUAUUUUGGUUUUAUUUUGUUCUAUGUUUAAAUUAUUGACUUCGAUUUGAAGCGGGAAAAGCCUGAAACCUUUGCCAUGUGGUUGCUGAUACAUGUAAUUGUUAAUGAAAUGUUCACUCCCAGUCCCUCUUGAGGUUUAGGAUUUCCCACAGGUGUCAGGUCAAACAGGAUGACAGACCACCCUUUGGGGUGUGAGACAGUGCGUUGGUAGAUGAAACUUGCUGCCUGCCAUUUGUGGCCUGUUCUCUUAUGAGUACUGGGUACCAGUUCUAGAGGUUUCAGUUUUUAGUUAUUUGAGGCUGGUGAAAAACUCAAAUGAAACUUUGUGGGAACACUGAUUCAUGUUAAGAAAAUGUAAAUAUCUGUAGCUCUUUCUUGCAGUUAAUUUGAAAACUUUGAGUGCUGAACCUUAUUUUGUCAGUGGUUUUGAUGAUUAAAAAUGCAUGUGAUUUUAAUUUUGUAAUUGUUUUGACAAGCAUAAUUUACUUGGACAACUUUGUAGGUAGCCUUAACUUCUGGCCAAGUUUGUUUUUUAUAUAAAUAUAUUAUACAUAUAUAUAUCACGUAUGGUUGUAAAUUCAUACACUUAUCACAUGAAUGUGUUACUGUAUACAAAACUCUUUUAAUGCUUUAUUCUCAAAUGCUGGGUUGAAAAAUGUUUUGAAAGCCUUUUAAAAUAUAUAUCUUUAUAAAGUAAUGUUCAGGAUGAUGAUGGAAAUUGUUUAUAUUGCUAUGAUAGAUAUGACAGUAUAAUGUUAUCCAGUGUAUUUAAUGAUUUAUUUCAUGAGGGAGAGAGGAGGAAGGUUCUCAUACCACUUUCUCCUUUGAAAUUUUCAGUUUAUUGGCUUUUUAAAAAUUAAUACUUCAGGCAGUGGACAUUUUUCCAGUAUCAUUUAAAUGAUAUCCUGUGUGCUGAAUAGUUUAUGGCACAUAAUUAAUUUGGUCUGAAUAUUUGGUUCUUUUUAUUUCUUUCAACUUGACAUUCAGAGUAUUGAGUAAAGGAAAGAGGCUCAGAGUAGAACGGUUGACACUCCGGUAAGUUUAUUAACAGCUCUUGCAUCUCCCUGAAAACUGCCCUUUGGAUUCAAGUGUUCACGCUCGAGUUCUCUUUCAAGUAUGACCUGACCAUGUUCAUGUGGGCACUGGACUACAAAAUGAUACAUGUAUAGAGGUAAAAACCUUCAUUUGAAUACUUCCAGUUACAUAAAUCUUUUCAAAAAGUGUUUUGUCAUAGACCAUGCCGUUUGUACCCAUCCCUGCCCACUUCUUGUUAGACCCUGUCUUCCCGUAGAUAAUAGUGGUCAUUCUCUCUUGCAUGAAGUGCAGGUGGGGAGCUGGGGAGGGGCACAGACUUCCUUGAAAUCGAAGAGUAGUCAGAUCCAUUCCUGACUGGGUUGUUUUGUUGCUGUGGAAGGAUGUGCUAUGAAAGGCAUAAAAGAAGUUCUCCCUCUGUGCACCCUAGUUCCCCAGCCUCCCCUCGUCUCCCUGUGCGCCGCGGACACGCCCGCCGCCGCACUUCUGCAGGGCAAGCUCACGGAGCUCGUUGCACCAGGUUGCCUUUCCUAGUCCUGUCAAUCCAUGGUUGGGUGUGAAUUGCUGAAUUAGCUGCUAUACUAUAUGGAGUCACAGUUAAGCUUUUUCUUACCCUUUUUAUGGGGACGCUAUAGGGUGGGUAAGGAGGAAAUUUGGAGUGCUUGUACCUUGCUGAAAAUAUUAGAACUUUCCUGUGACAGGAUACAGCAAAUUGUAAUUAAAUAUAAACCAGAACCAGAGCUACCUCUAAGUAGUGUUUCCUCAAGCACAAAGCUCUCAGGCAUAUAAGACCCACGUUAACGGAGGGUCUCUGAUUUCUUGAGCAUCAGCGAGUUUCAGAAGUGACUGUCUUUUGUAUUCUUCUAGUUCCCUUAUAACGACAUACUUUUCCCCAUUCCACACUGUGCUUAAAUGACAAAGACUGCUGAGAAGCUAAAUUCUAUCAAAUGAUUAGCUAGAGAUAACUGCUGAUUAAAGGACAAUGUAGAACUGAGGUGGAGGAGGAGAGCGCUUUAGUUCCAGUUCUAAGAGGCUUCUGAUUGAAUACAUCAGUUCUUUUCUGGGAAAUGAUCUUUUACAGGAAAUGGGAUAUUUUAAAUGCUUUUCUUAAGUUGAAGGCACAACAGUUCAUGCCUAUUGUUGCUAUCCUGUGGCUGACAUGGUUUUGAUGUAGCUUUACAUUUUCUGCUAUGAAGCUUGGGGUAGAAUGUUACACCAGUUUUAAAUGUUGGCUGUAGCUUUUUGUGAUCCUUCUCUCAUUUGCAGUGUAAUAGCUUCACAAACAAAGUUUUCAGAAAGAAUUUUGUUUCAGAAAAUGCCUCUUGUUUCUUUGGGAGCAAUGUGUCUUUUCAAUCAUGGGAUUGACAAAUGAAAAAUAAAGUUAUUUCUUAAUCUA